GGGACAGAAUUACCGGCAGCGGGCAGAGAAACUUAACCGAGCGGUUCCGCGGUGUAUGGGAAUGUACCGGAGCCUGCGUGCGGAAAGAACCGGCCUCGGUCCUUAGCAGCUCGGUCGUGCGAUCAUCAUCUGCUGGGAUGUUCAAUUGACACCAUAUUUCAAUAAAAUUUAUUGGUUUGUUUUAUUUCUAUUUUUUCCCCGUGUUUUUGGUUAUUUGUCAUGAAGUGACAGCGCGUCUGAUCGUCUCCGGGAUCCCGGGAUCUCUGAUCAAGUAGAUUCUCCUUCAAUUGGAUAAAUCAGGAACAGACUGACGCUGGCCGGUGUGUGGAGAAGAAGGCAGAAUGGCUGAGCCCAGGCGAGACAGUACCAGCAGCCUACAGAGGAAGAAGCCCCCAUGGCUCAAACUGACCAUUCCUACUGCUCAGAUGUCUAUGGAUGAACCGCCCACCUUUGUCCAGCCCGUGAAGAGGCAGGGGUUUCUCCGCAGCGUCAGCAUGCCUGUAGAAACGUCCCAUUUUGCAUCCCCGACGCAUGACCUUUUCGAUCAUCGACGACCUCCGCUGCAGCACCAGACCUCAAUCACGCAAACAAUUAAGAGGGGCACAGCAGACUGGUUUGGGGUUAGCAAGGAUGGAGAUGCCACACAGAAAUGGCAGAGAAAGAGCCUACGUCACUGCAGUCUGCGCUACGGUAAGCUGAAGCCUCAGGUGAUCCGGGAGAUGGAACUUCCCAGCCAGGACAACAUCUCUUUGACCAGUACAGAGACACCGCCACCUCUCUAUGUUCCGUCGUCGCAGCAUGGGAUUCCAAAGAUCGUGGACCCGUUGGCACGUGGUCGUGCCUUCCGCAUGGUGGAGGAAGUGGACGGAUACAGUGUGCCCCAUACACCUAUCACACCAGGUGCCACCUCUCUCUGCUCCUUUACCAGCUCCCGAUCCGGCCUCAACCGGAUACCUCGGCGGCGCAAGCGUGAGUCCGUGGCUAAGAUGAGCUUCAGGGCAGCGGCUGCACUUGUCAAGGGACGCUCGUUUAAGGAAAGCACCCUGCGGCGGGUUCACAGGCGCAGCUUCACUCCGGCAAGCUUCAUCGAAGAGGACGUUGUGGACUUUCCUGAUGAGCUGGACACGUCCUUCUUUGCAAGAGAUGGACUGAUGCAGGAGGAGAUGUCAACCUUUCAUGACGAGGUGUUCGAGUCUCCAUCUGAUUCCACCACCAAGGACGUGGACAGCAAGCAGUUAGACGAAUCAGAGCUGACUGGUAGUGCACUGGACAAGAACGAACUAGAAAGGAGUCAUCUGAUGCUACCUCUAGAGAGAGGCUGGAGAAAGGCCAAGGAGGGAACCCCAGCUCCACCCAAAGUCCGUCUGAAACAGGAAGUGGUCAGCGUGAAUGGACAGAGGCGGGGACAACGGAUUGCCGUGCCUGUGAAAAAACUCUUCGCACGGGAGAAACGGCCAUAUGGGCUUGGCAUGGUGGGCAAGUUGACCAACCGGACAUAUCGCAAACGCAUUGACAGUUAUGUGAAGAGGCAGAUAGAGGAUAUGGAUGAUCACAGGCCUUUCUUUACCUACUGGAUCACGUUUGUCCACCUACUCAUUACUAUUCUGGCUGUAUGUAUUUAUGGCAUUGCACCCGUGGGCUUCUCUCAGCACGAAACAGUUGAUUCUGUUUUAAGAAACAAAGGUGUCUAUGAGAAUGUCAAAUAUGUGCAGCAAGAGAACUUUUGGAUUGGACCAAGUUCGGAGGCUCUGAUCCAUCUGGGAGCCAAAUUCUCGCCGUGUAUGAGACAGGACCAGGAGGUGCACGAUCAAAUCCAGAAGAAACGUGAAACUGAGCGCAAUUCAGCCUGCUGCGUGCGUAACGAUCACUCGGGCUGCCUGCAAACGUCAGAGGAGGAAUGCUCUAGCACACUGGCUGAAUGGGUUAAGUGGCCCCUCCAUCCUAGCACUCCAUUACUGGAUGGCAAACCGCGCAACUAUGGCUCUGUUUGCCAUCAGGACCCCAGGAUUUGUCUGGAGCCGGCUUCUGUAGCGCCUCAUGAGUGGCCUGAUGACAUCACUAAGUGGCCAGUAUGCACCAGGUACAAUACUGGCAAUCACACUAACUUGCCUCAUAUUGACUGUACAAUCACCGGACGUCCAUGCUGUAUUGGAACUAAAGGAAGGUGUGAGAUCACAUCACGGGAAUACUGUGACUUCAUGAAAGGCUCUUUCCAUGAAGAAGCAACACUGUGUUCACAAGUACACUGUAUGGAUGAUGUUUGUGGCCUGCUGCCUUUCCUGAACCCAGAGAAACCUGACCAGUUCUAUCGCUUAUGGCUCUCUCUUUUUUACAUGCUGGGUGAGAUUUUGCACUGCCUCGUUUCGGUGAUAUUUCAAAUGACAAUCUUGAGAGAUAUAGAGAAGUUGGCUGGUUGGCUGCGUAUCUCCAUCAUCUACAUCGUUAGUGGGAUCACGGGGAACCUGGCCAGUGCCAUCUUCCUGCCUUACAGAGCCGAGGUUGGUCCUGCAGGCUCGCAGUUUGGCAUCCUGGCCUGCCUUUUUGUGGAACUCUUCCAGAGCUGGCAGAUCCUAGCACAACCAUGGCGGGCAUUUGCUAAAUUGCUGUGUGUGGUGCUGUUCCUCUUCGCCUUCGGCCUGCUGCCUUGGAUCGACAACUUCGCCCACAUCUGCGGCUUUGUGUCAGGUUUCUUCCUGUCGUUUGCUUUCCUGCCCUACAUCAGCUUCGGCCGCAUGGACAUGUACCGAAAGCGCUGCCAGAUCCUCGUCUCGCUCACGCUCUUUGUGGGCAUCUUCUCUGGUUUCGUGGUGCUCUUUUAUGUCUAUCCCAUUAAGUGUGAGUGGUGCGAGCUGCUCACCUGCAUUCCCUUGACAGACAAGUUUUGUGAGAAGUAUGACCUGAAUGCCCAUCUCCAUUGACACAGCUGUGAGGAAGCCAAGGCAGGGCUUUUGGGGAUUUCAUUGGAGGAUGGAAGGGACUGCCUUGCUCUCCCUGCUCCCCCUGACACAUAGAUGAUGGCAUCAUGGUUGAUGCUUGUGCUAUGUUUUUUACUCUUUUACUGUACAUUGAAACACCAACUUUGACCACUCGGAUGAACGUUAAGAACGCUUACUCAAGAAUGUUCAACCUUGUCCUCCACUAGUUUUUUUUUUUUUUUUUGCUUGUUCGUUGUUGGUCGUCUGUGAAACAGGGACGGUAGCCCAAACCGCCUCUCGAAUACAUAAUAGUCUCCGAGACGGUGAGAAAGUAUAAGCACUGGUACAACACAAACAGAAGAAUAGAUAUAACUAGAUGUGUUAUUUUUUACUUUUCAUAUUUUAUCAUGCCACGAAAUCAGGCAAAAAAAGUUUUACCAUUGUUCACAUAGCUGUUCCAGGGACAGAAAAACAAUCUGUACCACCAGUGCCUUGGUUUAAAAAAAAACAAAACAACAAAAAAACUACCAUAUUUUGGUUACGUGUUAAGCACUCAAAUGUUAUUCUUUUAUUUGUGUACUGCUUCAAAUGGAGUAAUGAUAAAAUAUUCUAUAAAAAAAGGGUCGUGUUUUAGCUACCCUCUCAUUUUACUUUUUACAAAAUACAGCUUUAAACAAUCUUCACUUCA